UCUCCUUAUUAGUGGCAAAAAGUGCAAAUUAGUACGAUGGAUGAUGGUCAACGUGCUUUGGGGAGAAACUGGGUCAGUGAUGUGGAACUAGACAGAACGAGCAGUUCAAAGCCACGUACUCACUUAAAUUGCGUUCGUUGCUUCCACUGUCCAAGCAGUAUCGGUCACGUGGGAUCGCGCAGCACUCGGAACGACUUCUCGCCUCCGAAGGUAUUUAACGAACCUAAAACAAGCCAACCUACAGGGACGGAAUGGUGGACGAGUGAACUUACCCGAACCAUAAAUUGUCUAAGCAAAGAAUGCUUAGACCGACUGACGAGAUUGGAAAGUGAAAAUAACGAACUUCGAAAGCAGUACCAAACCCUGGAAGCUCAGAUAUCCCCUCUUAUCAAGACCAUGAAAGCCCAUGAACGCCUCCGAUUUCUCUGUAGAGGACGACCGGAGAAUGGAAAACCUGUGCCAUACAACGGGAUUUAUGGCUGGGAUCACUUUCACUCACAGAUUAAACAAUUAAUUAGCAUCCUUGCUCGAACCAACGUUGCACAGAAUGAUAUCCGCGAAGAUUGCCGUUAUUUGAAACACCGAGUCUCGAACUUGGAAGAGGCGAAUUCCAGACUAUGUAGCUUGGUACAGCAACGAUAUCCGGAGUGUAUGCAUUCAUGCCACAGUCUCAGUUGGAUAGGAUUGGGAGCGAUACAGCCUCCCAGCGAAUUGUCAACUCCUGGCGGCGCGGCGAAAAACACCCAACUCAGGAAUAAACCUCUUGAGGAGAGCGAAGCUUCGAGAGGUUCUGAAGAAUUACUUCCUGAUUCAACAUCGAGACGAAAUAAACCUUGUAAUCCGGUCAAUUUCAAAAACGUGAAGUCGAACGGCAGCGGUGAAUUGACCAUUGAUGAGAAGCGCGCAUUAUUAAGGAUGUUAUUAAGCGUUCCAAUUUACGUCAGCUUUUCUUCUGCCAUAAGCCACAGUAUGGAAGAGGGGCGGUUAACAAUGAGAGAAGCUCUGGAAGAAAAGAGAUCGAUACCCACUUGUCGGCUGUUAAAUAUAUCAUCACCAUCGCUCCAGUCAAGCAAGCGCUGUUUAAUCAGCCUAAACACUCGCGAGCACCUUCACUUUCCUUACAUUGACCAACCGGACCGAAAACACACUACACCACGUCUCACGGGCUCACUGGAUUCAGACAUCGACCUAACUUCAGAAAUAAUCGAAAGGAGAAAUCCAAAGGACUCAUACGGCAGACUAUCGUCGAUAUUUCUCAAUAACAAUUCGAGUAACCGAGCUACGCACGAAAUUGCACUGUUAUCAGGCGAUUGCAUACAGAUAUCAUCCACUUCCUCUCGUGGACCACAACAACUCCCAUUUCGGGCUACAGGUGAACCACCAGGUUGGAAGAAUGAUAGGCCAAACUCUUCCGUACCGGCCGUUUCAUCAGAGGCUGCAACUUGUCAAAUGAUAGUGAACGAUGUACAGUUACGGAUGAUCGGAGAAGUUAACUCAUAUGGAGAUACCCCUUGCGGUAAAGUUACUGAAAGCCAGCUGGGACAUUCGGCUGCAAAGGCCUCUGUAGACACACUCAGGGCGCAAUCAGUAAGUGAGAAAAUCAACGCCAAUAGUCACUUGGAACAAUGGUCCCCAUCUAUGAACCAAAGCAUAUUGUGCAGAGAUCCAAAACAGAGGUACCUACACAGUCUCCGAUCCGCGACCGAUUUCUUUUCACCUGUGACAGAAGGCACCCUGUCGAGGAAACAGCAAAGCACCGACCUUGAAACAUCCAUCUACGAGCAAGAGCAGAUGCAAAAGUUCCGCGAUGCUCGACGCAAUCUGCGGUAUUGUGUAUUCAGCGACACAGAGCUACUGACAGGAAAAUUCACAAUAACUUCAACUGAUGAUUCUUCCGGUGAAGCAGAAGACGUCCUUAGCUCUAAAGAGUCCAUCAGGCAUGGCGACCGAUGCAAUGAUAGGAAGUCGUCAGUCAUAACUUGUGGCGAACAGCCAAUUGCACAUUCUAAAGAGGAAAACGCAAAUGUCGGCCAGGAUGUACCGUUGCUGGAUCACCACCUCCCCAAUCGAUUCACUCUAACUACCAGUGCUGUGCCACUAGCUCAUCCAAACGAAGGGCCUACUCUACCUGUGCUUUUGCCGACCAAAGAGGGAUGUAAAUCCAGACGUAAAUCACACCGCAAUGCUGAGGCAACCCCGUGCUCAAGCAAAAAUGAGAUAGAAUAUUCGAUGGAAGAUGUAUCGAUGCUGCCUAAGCCAGAACAGGAUACUGCCAGGAUAAACGCUCCACCUCCAGUCAUCAUUCAUCGCAGACGCUUUGGUGUCCUCGAAACAAACGAAUCUUCGAUCAACCGGACAUUUGCUAAGAGCAACGAAUUGAAUACACCAGAGUUUAGCAGUAGCUCAGACUUAUUGAAUGCAUCUUCACCAGCACAGUACUCCAACGACGACCACACUCCGGACAACACAGAUGACAUACAACCAUCGGUAUCAGGCUCAUUGACUGCGAGGAAAGUUGAGUUCCUUGAUCAAACACAUCUGUCGUCCGCUGCAGUGCUCUUUGAAAUUCCUCUGGUUCAUGGCGCCUUGGGAGGUGAACCUCGACAAGAUCCUAGGGCAGAAUCGCUGGGUGAGCUAGCCAGGAUAAAGGCUGCGUCAGUAGCCACAGCCAAAUCUGGCAAUAAUGAUGAACCUUGCUUGGAACUUUAUAAAAAGUAUACAACGGUGGUUUCAAAUGAAAACUGCAAAAAUGUCACGAAAAUUCCCAAAGCAACUUGUGAACCUACCGUUUUCAAGUCCAAUCUAUACUUAGCGAGGGAAGAUAUUGACACAAAGCAAUGCAAUAAAAACAAAGCCUAUUCAACACCUCCAGGAAUUCGAGGGCCCACACCAACUCAGCGACCCGCAACGUCCCCCAGAAACCGACGUACACUGGGUAUAUUAAAUUUUACAGGAAAGGGACCUGAAAUGAAACCACCGGAUCAGAGGUAUUUCUAUUCCACGCAACCUCAUCCCACAGGAUCCCCACCAAGCUCACCGGCGUCACUGACCGUUCUUCAAAAUUACCGAAGUCACCUGCAUCCUUCAGUUGUUAAGCCAACUAAACCAUCUACAAGUAGUACCGAAAGUUUGUCUCAAAGUAGCUCUAAGAAUGAGUCGUUGCUUGAUAACGCCAUCAAUGAAGAAGUUGUUUCGCCAAUUACUUUGAUCAGGGAGGCAAAUACAGCCAUCCAAUCUACUUCGGGUGCUUGCGAUGAUUCAUCGCUAGAAAGUAACCUCUUAAAAAACACAUGCAACCCACCACCAAUACCACCGAGAACCACUUCAAGAACACAGGGCUCAUCGACAAAAAUAGUUACUGUUCAUUUACCGGUCCAAGGUAAUUGUCACCCUUCGCGCCCCACUCACGCACCAGUUCAAACACAUAUCCACGCGACCUCAGUGAAAUGUGUUGCCUUAGGACCCACUCUGCGAAGUCCCAGUCGUGGGAAACAGAUUGGAAAUAAUGAACUCCCGUCAAGUAACCUCAGAAGCAAUAAGAAGAAAGUGACCAUUGUUGAAAACGGACAGCAUAAACUGUCAACACGGACUAUGCAGUCAGGUAAACAGCAAGUGCCAAUCGGCCAGGCGGUCCAAUACUCUCGAGAUCGCAACUGGUACAGUCCAAACUCUUCAGCGUCAGCGUGUACCACACCGUUUUGUGAAGACCGAUUGAGCUCUAUGUCUUUAUACGUUUCAAGCAAAGCUUGCAACGACUCUGCACCUAGCCUUUCCGGACAGCAAAAUUUCCCCACAGGGAAUGUGUUAGUUAUGUCCAACCACCAUCUUCCUAUUGUACCAUCGCAAAAGUCGCUCUAUAUUAAAGACCUGUCCACCCAAUUCAAGAAGGCACCAGUUUGCGAAAGCCGAACGGUUAGGUCUGGGUUAAAUGGGAAACAAGAAGGGCAUACGCCAUCCCUUCUUCACAAGCCCAAAGUAACCAGAUGCUUGAGUACCGGGGGUCGAAACCCAUCAUUAACUCAAAACUCUCAACCCACCAUUCGAUACGUCCCACAUUCCUACAAGCACGGUUGA